AGGCAGAGAGAGCAAGUCCGAUGUCUGCAGCCUCCCUGGCCAGGCCUCUCCUCUCCAGCGGCAGCUAGUCCCCCUCAGGACAGACUCAGAGUACUGACGUCGGUCAUCAUUCAUUUCCAAACACGCCAGGUCACGUGAACAAACUUCCCAGUGACACUCGGGCUGUAGCUGUACACUCUUCGACCACGACAUUGGUUUUCUCCUAAGUGUCACCAGUGGAGACAGGAUGCUCUGGGCACUGGCCCUGCUGGCUCUGGGCAUAGGGCCAAGAGCUUACGCUGGUGACCACGGCGAGGACACAGCAUUUGACCUUUUCAGCAUCAGCAACAUUAACCGGAAGACCAUCGGUGCCAAGCAGUUCCGAGGGCCCGACCCCGGUGUGCCCGCCUACCGUUUUGUCCGGUUUGACUACGUCCCCCCAGUGAAUACAGACGACCUCAACAGGAUCGUUAAGCUUGCAAGGAGAAAGGAGGGCUUCUUCCUCACAGCCCAGCUGAAGCAGGACCGCAAGUCUCGGGGAACACUCCUGGUGUUGGAAGGUCCCGGCACCUCCCAGAGGCAGUUUGAGAUUGUGUCCAAUGGCCCAGGGGAUACCUUGGACCUCAACUACUGGGUAGAAGGCCACCAGCAUACCAACUUCCUGGAGGAUGUGGGUCUGGCUGACUCCCAGUGGAAGAAUGUGACUGUGCAGGUGGCCAGUGACACCUAUAGCCUGUAUGUGGGCUGUGAUCUUAUUGACAGUGUCACCCUGGAAGAACCCUUCUAUGAGCAGCUGGAAGCAGACAAGAGCAGGAUGUACGUGGCCAAGGGUGCAUCUCGAGAGAGUCACUUCAGGGGCUUGCUGCAGAAUGUCCAUCUCGUGUUUGCAGAUUCUGUGGAAGAUAUUCUAAGCAAGAAAGGCUGUCAACACAGCCAGGGAGCUGAAGUCAACACCAUCAGUGAACAUACAGAGACACUCCACCUGAGCCCUCACAUCACCACAGAUCUGGUGGUCCAGGGUGUGGAGAAGGCACAGGAGGUGUGUACGCACUCCUGUGAAGAGCUGAGCAACAUGAUGAACGAGCUGUCCGGAUUGCACGUCAUGGUGAACCAGCUGAGCAAGAACCUGGAGAGAGUGUCUAGCGAUAACCAGUUCCUUUUGGAGCUCAUUGGGGGCCCUCUGAAGACAAGAAACAUGUCGGCCUGUGUGCAGGAGGGACGGAUCUUUGCAGAAAACGAAACCUGGGUUGUGGAUAGUUGUACCACCUGCACCUGCAAGAAAUUUAAAACAGUCUGCAAUCAAAUCACCUGCUCACCUGCAACUUGUGCCAACCCAUCUUUGGUGGAAGGCGAGUGCUGUCCAUCCUGUUCCCACUCUGCAGACAACGAUGAGGGCUGGUCUCCGUGGGCAGAGUGGACCGAGUGUUCUGUCACCUGUGGCUCUGGGACCCAGCAGAGAGGCCGGUCUUGUGAUGUCACCAGCAACACCUGCCUGGGCCCCUCCAUUCAGACAAGGACAUGCAGUUUGGGCAAAUGUGAUACGAGAAUCCGUCAGAAUGGAGGCUGGAGUCACUGGUCACCCUGGUCUUCGUGCUCCGUGACUUGUGGAGUUGGCAAUGUCACCCGCAUACGUCUCUGCAACUCACCAGUGCCCCAAAUGGGUGGCAAGAACUGCAAGGGCAGUGGCCGGGAAACCAAGGCCUGCCAGCGUGCUCCAUGCCCAAUUGAUGGCCGCUGGAGCCCCUGGUCCCCUUGGUCAGCCUGCACAGUUACCUGUGCUGGAGGGAUCCGUGAGCGCACACGUGUUUGCAACAGCCCUGAGCCCCAGUAUGGAGGGAAGGAUUGUGUCGGGGAUGUGACAGAACACCAAAUGUGCAACAAGAGGAGCUGCCCUAUUGAUGGAUGCCUAUCCAACCCGUGUUUCCCUGGAGCCAAGUGCAACAGCUUCCCCGAUGGCUCCUGGUCCUGUGGUUCCUGCCCAGUGGGCUUUCUGGGCAAUGGCACCCACUGUGAGGACCUGGAUGAGUGUGCUGUGGUCGCAGAUAUCUGCUUCUCAAUUAACAAAGCUUCCCGCUGUGUCAACACCAACCCUGGCUUCCACUGCCUGCCUUGUCCGCCACGCUACAAGGGGACCCAACCCUUCGGGAUUGGCCUGGAGGAUGCUAAAACAGAAAAACAAGUAUGUGAGCCAGAGAAUCCGUGCAAGGACAAGACUCACAACUGCCACAAGCAUGCAGAGUGCAUCUACCUGGGCCACUUCAGUGACCCCAUGUACAAGUGCGAGUGCCAGACUGGCUAUGCAGGUGAUGGGCUCAUCUGCGGGGAGGACUCAGACCUGGACGGUUGGCCCAACAGCAACCUGGUGUGUGCUACCAAUGCCACCUACCACUGCGUCAAGGACAACUGCCCCAAACUGCCAAAUUCUGGGCAGGAGGAUUUUGAUAAGGACGGAAUCGGAGAUGCUUGCGACGAGGACGAUGAUAACGACGGCGUGAGCGAUGAGAAGGACAAUUGCCCACUUCUCUUCAAUCCCCGCCAAUUAGACUAUGAUAAGGAUGAGGUUGGAGACCGCUGUGACAAUUGCCCCUAUGUGCACAACCAAGCACAGAUCGACACGGACAACAACGGUGAAGGGGACGCCUGCUCUGUGGAUAUCGACGGGGAUGAUGUUUUCAAUGAGCGAGACAAUUGCCCGUAUGUCUACAACACUGACCAGAGAGACACAGACGGUGACGGCGUUGGGGACCACUGUGACAACUGUCCUCUGAUGCAUAACCCAGAUCAGAUGGAUCAGGACAAUGAUCUCGUUGGAGACCAGUGUGAUAACAAUGAGGACAUAGAUGAUGACGGCCACCAGAACAACCAAGACAACUGCCCAUACAUCUCCAACUCCAACCAGGCUGACCAUGACAAUGACGGCAAGGGGGAUGCCUGUGACUCCGAUGAUGACAACGAUGGUGUUCCAGAUGACAGGGACAACUGCAGGCUUGUGUUCAACCCCGACCAGGAAGACUCGGAUGGCGACGGCCGAGGUGAUAUUUGUAAAGAUGACUUUGACAAUGAUAAUGUCCCAGAUAUUGAUGACGUGUGCCCCGAGAACAAUGCCAUCACCGAGACAGACUUCAGAAACUUUCAGAUGGUCCCUCUGGAUCCCAAGGGGACCACACAAAUUGAUCCCAACUGGGUAAUUCGUCACCAAGGCAAAGAGCUGGUGCAGACAGCAAACUCGGACCCUGGCAUCGCCGUAGGUUUCGAUGAGUUUGGGUCUGUGGACUUCAGCGGCACUUUCUAUGUCAACACUGACCGGGACGAUGACUACGCCGGCUUCGUCUUUGGCUAUCAGUCAAGCAGCCGCUUCUAUGUGGUGAUGUGGAAGCAGGUGACCCAGACCUACUGGGAAGACAAGCCCAGUCGGGCUUACGGCUACUCUGGUGUGUCACUCAAAGUAGUAAACUCCACGACUGGUACUGGCGAGCACCUGAGGAAUGCCCUGUGGCACACGGGAAACACGGAAGGCCAGGUUCGAACUCUAUGGCAUGACCCCAAAAACAUUGGCUGGAAGGACUACACCGCCUACAGGUGGCAUCUGAUUCACAGGCCUAAGACAGGCUACAUGAGAGUCUUAGUGCAUGAAGGAAAGCAGGUCAUGGCUGACUCAGGACCAAUUUAUGACCAAACUUAUGCUGGUGGACGGCUGGGUCUGUUUGUCUUCUCCCAAGAAAUGGUCUACUUCUCAGACCUCAAGUAUGAGUGCAGAGAUGCCUAGAGAGCAGGGUUCCAGCUCCAGCAGUGUGCUGCCAACACCCCUUCCUGGACGCAUCGGUCCAUCUUGGCCCUCGCAGCUCUUCUGCCAUGCAGCAUUUCCUGUUUCUUGGCCUUACCUGAGUGGAUCUUCACCUCCUUCAUCAGCACUGAGGUCCAGUGCCUUCCGAGGCUAAGCACCUAGGGAGCCCCAAGAGGAGCAUCAAGCCUGCUGCUGGGGAACAGUUGGAGGAGACUGAGGCUCCCUGCGGAGCGGACACGGAGCUGUCGCUGCAUUGCCCUUUCUUGUUUGUUUAAAAAGAAUGACGUUUACAUGGAAAAUGUAAUUACUUGCAGUAUUUAUGUGUAUAUGGAGUUGAAGGGAAUAUUGUGUAUAAGUCAUUCUCAUAAAUUAAGCAUGAAAAAUAAUCGCUCACCUACUUCCAGUGCUUAAUGUUGUCAACUGUUCUUGGAUUCGUGCUGUUCUACAAUAACACACAAAUCCUGUGAGGCUGAUUAGGAAGAAAGACCAGGUGAACCCGGCUGCAGUAAGGAAGAAGCCAGAAGGCAGUCACCUGAGACUGUGGCCCCUUGUCCAGUGAUUUGAAACAUUAACGAAUUAGAACAUGGAAAGGGAUUGCAAAGUUAGAAGCAAAGCAGUUCUUCUUUGGCCGCAGUUAAAGAUGACUUGACAGAGACAGAGAAGCUAUGUCCUUGCAAAGGGGAAUAUUUCAGGGUUCCAGCCGUAGGCUUCUCAGUGCUUUCAGAAGAAAGGCUCAGCAGAGACAAUGUCCCUUUAAACUGGCUGCCUGGGUUGGGCCUUUCCGAAAGCAUACUGACUGCUGGGAUCUCUGUCUGGGCAUCCUUCCCUGUCCCUACUACUAGGAAACAGACUGGCAGAUAGGUUGGUGGAUGCACUUUGGUACCCUACUCCUACUCUAGGCUUUGGAAUGAUGCAAACGUUGCUUUUGCCAAGUUUGGUAACACGUUUCAUUAAGGUUCCAGGUACAGGUUUCGUUACUAUUUAUUAAAUGAUUUGGAAUAUAGCUCCACUCACCAAUAAUUUAUUUUAAACAUAUGAAGUAACAAGCAUGUAGUAUGGUUUCUGGAACUAAGCGUAUGACAAGGAUAUAAUGAUAUAAAGACAUGCAAAUAUCUGCUGUUUGAAAUACAAGGCUUUAUGUCAUGAUAAAAUGGAACCUUAAUAUGCAUACUUACCAACAAUUUUAAUUCAGUUCUUUUUAAUAUGAUCAAUUUGCUGUAUAUAGGUUUGGUUUUUUUUUUUUUUUAUUUUAACGCUGAAGGAAACGUCAUUUUUUCCAGACACAUCCAUUAAUCAGUCACACCAUUACAGGCAUAGGCUCGAUUUAUUUUAUUUUAUUUUGUUUUUUGCUUUAAGCUGCAUGAUCUCCCAGCAGGAAGUACUAUCUCUCUCACUCCACAUGAGUUCAGCGGAAGUAUAUCUUGUCCCUCUGGGGAGCAGGGCUCACAAUCCCCUUUCUGGUGAUGGCAACUGAAUUUCUAAGUCAGAUAGAAAGAAUCCAUGAUUUUGAUCUGAGUUUCCACAAUUUGUCUUGCUGCAGUUACUUGUGUUGAAAUCACUGAGGGGGAGUUUCCUUGUGACUUGUUAUCCUGCACGUUUUAGAUUUUUUGUGGAGCUGUAUUCCCAAGGCCAGCACAGAAUUGGGAGACUUCUGACCAUGAGGAUGUGAAGAACAUUUAGGUCUCACUUGGGCAUUUGGUACAAUGGUACAAGGUGGUGGGGGCGAUGUGAAUACAUUCAAUGUACCAUAUUAUUUUUGUAAAUUAUUUAUGUAGUUUUUUUUAAAAAAAACAAAAGCUUCUCAAUACAUUAAUGAAACAUUGUUUUUGCCAAAGAUUGUAAAUAUUUAUUUAUUUGUUCAUUGGGUUAAAUUUCACCACCAAAACCCUGCAUUUAGCUAGAGCUUCAUUUUUUUAUACCGAAGAUUAUCAACAGCAAAUAAAUUAUAAAAAGGUUUCUAUAAAU